AUGGAUUAUGAUUCUCUCUAUUUACUAUUGCCAAAAGAACCUAAGAAAUGGCAAGUGUCUGAUGUCCUUAUUUGGCUCUAAUUCAUUGGACUAGGUUAGAUGGAGGAUAAGUUUGUGAAUUGCUCAAUUGAUGGCUCCAUUCUGGAAGAGAUAACAGAGGAUGACUUGGACGAAGAAUUGGGAAUCAACUCGAAAUUGAUCAAAAAAAAGUUAAUGAAUUGGAUAUCAACAGGAUUGAAAGAAUAUAGCAUUUACAUAUGCUAAAUGAAACUCAAUACCAUCAAGAAAUCACCCAAUGAGGAUUUCACUCUCCAGAAGAAUGUUAAUGCUUGUUAGGACAAAUAAUGCUAAUCAAUUAUCAAUCAAUACGACGAAACAAAAUCAACAAUUAGGAUUGAAAAUUAACUCAUCCUAUAACCUUUAGAAAGUUAACAAAACAACUUUUAUUGUAUCAAACAAGCUGGAGCCAAGAUUGGAAGACAUUCCAGCAAUCACAUCCUCAUAUUAGAAGAAAAUAUCAGUAGAUUCCAUGCUGAAGUUACAUAUUAGGAUGCUAAGUUUUACAUCAAAGAUAUAGGAAGCACUACAGGAACAUAUAUUAAAAUUUAAAAAAGAAUGAACCUCUCCCAAGAUAUGCUAAUCGAACUAGGCAGCAAUCUGUUCUAAGUUACUCAAUUGGAGGAAGUCUCUGAUGGCAUUCAACUUGAACUCCUUGUUAUGGAAGGACCAAAUUGUGAUGAAUAAAUUAGUUUUCAUCUCAAUCAAGAGAAAAACUCUGUCACUUUUGGCAGGAAGACCAAUGCAGAUAUAGCAUUUCCUGAAGAUCACCAUCUAUCUAAUUUACAUGCUAAAUUUUAUUUAGUAGACAAGGAUGUAACUAUUGAAGAUCAUUCCUCUACUAAUGGCACUUGGCUAAGAUUAUCUGCAGAUGGACAACCAAGUUAGAUUUAUCCACUUACCUCAGAAGAUGAAAUGACUAUCGUCAGGAUUGGCACAGUUAAUUAAUACCUAUGCCAAUUAGAUAAAUUCAGUAUAAAUUAUAAUGAAUACAAUUUUUGUACAUUGUGUCAUGAAAAUGAACGAGAUGCAUUGUGUCUCCCUUGUAAGCACAAUUCGACUUGUUUCAAAUGUAGUAAAAAUUUGUAACUAUGUCCAAUUUGCAAAAUGAAGAUCUCAUAGCAAAUUAGAAUUUACAAAAAUUGA